AUGGCGAGAUAUCAGCACCCGGCUCAGCAGCAGCCAUUUGGACUUGGGCAGGACGAGAAGUCGAGAAGCACUUUCCCAAUCGAAGGAAAACCCGCUGCGCAGAGAAAGAUGCCCGCUCGACGGUUACUGUUCGGGUUACUGGUUCUGUUUUGUGUGGCAUUCGGACUGGCAACGGCCUCCGUCUCCAACGGCGAGUCUGGAAACGAAGGUGGUGAAGGACAGUCGAUCCUUGGCCAGGAAGAUUCAAGCCUUGCAAAGCUUUUCAGCUCGGCAUCUCCAGAAGCUAUCCACCGGCUGCUUCAUUCCUACUUCCCCGACACGUUCAAGCAUGGCGUCUAUCCCUCGGACGAGUCUGCCGUCGAGGCACUCUAUUCGAGCGAUGCUGCUCUCGCAACGUCUCUGGUAGAGUUGGCAAAACGCCAGAAUGCCAGCACUUCCACCGACUCCGGUACAACUGUAUCCACAACUGUCAUUGAUUCAACAACUGCAGUCACCACAACCACCAAGGAGCCGACAACGAGCCCUACGACACAGGCUCCUACAACGACCACACAGACUACUCCCACCACAGCGCCAACGACUACCCAGGAACCAACAACUACACAGAAACCGACGACAGUUGCACCAACCACCACCACGGCGACCUCUGUUGUGACUACACCGACGACUACCACCACCAAAGCAACCAGCAACACCGCCGCUUCGACAACUACGCCUGGUACGUCCAUGACAAAAGUGACUUCGGUUCGUGAGACGACUACAGCAGUCGUCUCAUCUACUCGUCUCACGUCAGAGUCUCCUGUGUCUUCUCCAUCUUCUACUCGUAUGACUAGCUCAACUACGGCCGCGGGUACAACGCUAUCCACAUCAAAGACGGCUGUCACCACUACAUCGCACGCCAGUUCGUCAACUCGGGUCUCGACGUUCACCUCGACCAGACCUGAUGGUGGCGUCACGACUGUUUACUCGACUGAAGUAGUCCCAGCGUCUGAAUCCACGAGUGCUCCAUCGUCAACAGGAGACAUCAGUGGUAACCUCCAGCUUGGUUUCGCCGCUCCCAACCACCGAGCCCCGAUUCUGGGCGCAGCCAUGGGAGUUGUCGUUGGUGCCAUUCUGCUGGUGUAA